AGAAAUGAAUCCUUUUCACCGGAGAUCAGAACCAAGAUGGUCCUCCCACGGAAUGUCCAUGUAUUACCGCACCGAAGCCCUUCAGUCUGUGUUGGUGUUGCCGCACGCACUGGUGCGCCCACGGUAGCGGGCCCGCCGUCGAACACCUCGGCGGCAGAACACCACCACCACCAGCUGCGUCCUUAAAUCUCCAAUCCUCUCCACCUCCGCCCACCCUCCCAUGGCUUCUCCCCCUUCCAAUGGCGUCAGCAUCCCCGUCCUCCUCCUCUUUGUGUCCUGUACCACCGCCCUCCUCCUCUUCGUCCUCCUUCCCUCCCUCUCCCCCUUCUUCUCCUCCUCCUGCCCCACCACCACCAUCUCCACCAUCGCCGCUGGAGGCGGCGGCGCUACCUCCAUCAUCGCCAACCCCAGAUCCCGGGACCGGAUCUCCCCGACCCCGAAGGACAUCGCCUGGCUGAAAUCUCAGCUCAGCCUUAACUCCAUCCAAGAACCCCCCUCCUCCCCCGCCGCCUGGCAUUCCCUUCGCAAGGGCAUCAACCCCCGGACCCGCGCCGAACAGCUCGAAGACCUCCGCCGAUUCAAAGGCAUCUCCCACUACGAGGGAGACGAUGCCGGCAACCACACCGCCCUCCCCUGCCCCGGCGAGCUCCUGGUGGAGGAGCACCACAGCAACUACGGCGAGCCGUGGGCCGGCGGCCGUGACGUCUUCGAAUUCCUCACCAACGCCGUCGCCCUCGUCCCCUCCGACCUUGUCUUGGAGAUCGGCUGCGGCACUCUCCGUGUUGGUCUCCACUUCAUCCGCUACCUCGACCCCGCGCGCUUUCACUGCCUCGAGCGCGACGAGCUCUCCCUCAUGGCGGCCCUCCGCUACGAGCUCCCCUCGCAGGGCCUCCUCCACAAGCGGCCACAUAUCCUUCGGGGGGACGACAUGGAUUUCACCCGCUUCGGCGAUGGCAUUUCCUAUGAUCUCAUCUAUGCCAGUGCUGUGUUCCUCCACAUGCCUGACGCUCUCGUCUGGGUGGGGUUGGAGAGGCUGGUGGAGAGGCUGAAGCCCCAGAAAGGUCGGAUCUUUGUCUCCCACAACAUCAAGUUCUGCUCGAGACUAGGCGGUGAUGAGUGUACAAGACGGCUGACGAAGCUGGGAUUGGAGUAUGUUGGGAAGCAUACCCAUGAUAGCUUGCUGUUUAACCACUACGAGAUUUGGUUUGAGUUCAGAAGACCCAAAGCUUAGAGUUCUUUCUUUUGAGUACUUGUUAGCUGUUAUUAAUGAGAAUUUUAUAGAGGAGCUGGAGAUGGCAAUGAUCUUCAUUGGCACUCAGAGCUUUGCUAUGGAGGCUUGUCUUUUUUGGCUACACAAUGUGGCAGGGCAAUUGACUUGAUUGGGAGGUGUUCCUUGAGAUUUCUGAUGGGAAAAAAGGUGAAGGAUUGAAUUUUUCUCUGUCAUGCCAGAUUAUCUCGGUGAGGCAGUUGCAGUCCUUGGUUUACUUGUUGUUCUAUUUGAUGUUUCAUCUAGUUGGAGUCCAUGUAUUGAUUUUUUUUUUUCCUGGGGCUCACAUAAAUAUGUGCAAUAGACUUUUAUUACAAGUUAGCAGUAGAUUCAACCAGGUUUUGAAAUGUGGUACUUGUUGCAUUGGUAGAUGAAAAAGUGUUGUAGUUAGUCCAAUUCCUUAUUCUGCAACACAAACAGUUUUUGUUUAUGAGUGCUUUUGUCUUUGGCUUAUAUAUAUUGUCGUGUGCCAAGACACU